UCAAUCACAUCUUGCACAACUCAUUUUUCUCCUUUCUUGCCUCUCUCUCUCUGAGAAUUCACAGACACACGUGCUUAAUCCAAUCCUUCACAACCCAACCCCAACCUACCCCCCCCGGCGCGGGGGACUGAGGCAAGAAACCAAAUUCUAAAACCAAGGAGCGUAGCUGCAAACUUUUGCAAACAUUUUAUUUGAUGAUCAAAGCCCUCACAUUUUCACAAACCUCACAUCUUCAGCAAGAUGUUCUGUUCAUUGAUCUUUCUCUCUCUCAGAUUUCUUCUGCUUCUUCUAUUCACAUUUACUUCUUUCUCCUCAGCCUCCCCAAGCGUGAAUUUCCCAGCUAGUGAUAGUCGCAUGGAUCCACUUGAACUUGAAACAUUGUUCAAGAUCAUGGAGACAGUAUCUUCUGAUCAAAGCUGGAGGACUGCACAUCCAAACCCUUGCAAACCAGGCUCAUCUUGGAUUGGAAUUGAGUGCAAGAGCUCAGGAAAUGACAAUCUCAUUCAUGUUUCUAGGCUUGACUUUGGCGUCCCACCAAACCCUUCAUGCAAAAGCACAGCCACAUUUCCUUCACAAAUCUUCCAACUUCCACACCUUGAGUCUGUGUUUUUUAUUUCAUGCUUCACACACGCCAGAACAACCAUUUCAUUUCCUAUUAAAGUCUCGAGUUCUUCGCUGCAACAGCUGAGCAUUCGAUCAAAUCCUGCACUUGUCGGCCUCAUCCCAUUUCAACUUUCCUCCUUAAAAUCACUCCAGAUCCUCACGUUGUCGCAAAACCUUUUAUCCGGAACAAUUCCAGCUCAAAUUUUUAGUCUGAGUUCCCUUUUGCACCUUGAUCUAAGCUACAAUAUGCUCACUGGAAGAAUUUCAUUCCAAGUGGGAAAUCUAAAAAACCUCGUUGGCCUUGAUUUGAGCUAUAACAAGCUCACAGGCGCAAUUCCCAGCACAAUUGGCCAAUUGGGUAUGCUUCAGAAGCUUGACUUGAGUUCCAAUAAACUCACGGGAAGGAUUCCAGAAACCAUAGGGAAUCUACAUUCUUUGGUCUUCAUUGCCUUGAGCAGCAAUGAAUUAAAAGGGCUUUUGCCCAAAGGAGUCUCAAUGCUGCAAAACUUACAAUACUUCCUUAUGGAUGAUAAUCCAAUGUUCAUAUCACUGCCAUCAGAGUUCGGUGAACUGCAGAAACUUCAAGAGCUCAGGCUGGCCAAUUCAGGAUAUUCUGGCAAAAUCCCACCAACCUAUUCAAAGCUAAGUAACUUGAGCACAUUAUCCUUACAAAACAACCGAUUAACAGGCGAAAUUCCGGCAAGUUUUGGCAGCUUAUCACACAUUUAUCACUUGAACUUGAGCAGAAAUUUCUUGGAUGGCGUUGUUCCUUUCAAUUCAAGUUUCCUAAACAGGUUAGGAAAGAAUUUGGACAUUAGUGGGAAUCCAGGGCUCUGUUUAAGUCCAUCUGAAGCAAAUGGCUUCAACCUUGGAGUUAAUGUUUGUGGCAGCAACAAAUCAGGCUCUUCGAUCUUACCAUGGGAAAAGUCUGAAGCUCAUCAACAUGGGAUCCCAAGACCAUUAUUCUUUUUAUUAGUACUACUUAGUACUAUGAUUUCUGUAGCACUAUCGAACAUUUAAUGGCUUCGUGUGUUUUCUCUGAUUCUUUUUGUGUUUAAGAAGGUACUGUAUAAGAGAUUAAAUGUAUGUACUUUAAGUUUAGAUAAUACAAUAUAUUAUAGUAGGAUGAGAAUUUAUUUCUGCGUUCAUAUAUUUUUUUUGCAAAUUCUAUUGCACGCAAGCUGCAGUCAGCCUGCAAAGCACAGCCUCGUUGAUUGUUUGGUACCUUA